UACUUAACUCUGAUUGCCCACCUUGGCUCCCACACACCUCUCUCCUCCCACCUCUCACCUCUCACACCCUCCCGAAGCUACCGCCUACCGCCGACCGUCGACCGCUUUUCGCCCGCCUCACUUUGGAAAAAGACAACCGCUGUGCUGUGCUGUGCAGUGCGGCUCUGGUGCUCGCCCCUCCCGAGAGCUUAAUAGCCUCGCCCCUCGCCCGUCGCCUUGGAAAUUCCCCUUCUUCCCCAACUUCACUUUCGUCGCCCGGCCUCAUCAUUGCAAAGCUUCACUUACUCAUCCACACUACCUACCAACGACAAUCUUCGCCGCUAUGUCACGCCCCCCACCUCCUCCACCCCCUCCAGAUGUUCGGGGAAACCCCGCAAUGGGCCAACGCCCUCCUCAACCCCCCCCUGGACCACAGGUUCCCAGGCCUCCUCCUCCCGGCAUGCCCAUGCAGCAAUUGCCAAUUCGACAGCAAUCCAUUCGCAUCCAGGACAUCACGCCUCCAAAGAUGAUGGACGAGUCCGCUUGUCUCAAAAAGCUGACGACAUACUCCGCCCACACUAUUCGGAAAUGUCUUCCUCGCGAUCCGAAGAAAGAAGGAAGAGGGACCUGGGCGAGAUCCGAAAUUAUCGAGGAGAGAUGGGCGCAAGAGGAUAUCAUUAAGCAAAUCAAGAAGCUUAGUGAAAGAGGGCGAAGCGUAGCCGACAAGAAGAAAGCACUGAUGCCGAACCAGCAAGGUCAAGUCACAACUCUUGUCGACAACCUUGCGUCCACAGAAGUAGACCGCGCCUUCGAGUGGUCACUUGUUCAGCUCGAUAGCGUCACGAAGCCAAUCAGCGUCUUCAGAGGAGGGAAAAAGCGUGAAGCGUAUGAAACCGUCUCCAUGAUCGCUUUCGUCAAGCGGUCACCACGCAAAGACCUUAACCCUGUCAUACUAUUUCAAAACAUCGAAAAGAUGAAAGCUGAUAGUAUGCGGCCUCCUCAACAACCCCAGGGACAACCAGCCGGUCCCGAACCCAUCGAGAUAAUCCAGGUUAAUGGCGGUGACAAGGACAAGGCGCCCAAAGGGAGAUCCAAGAGUCGGGAGAAGAAGUACCACGGGCGUGACGACUCGAGUAGCGGGGACUCUUUUGACUCCGACACUGGCAGUGAUUCAUCGUUCACCGGCUCGGAUUCCAUGGACACCUCGAUUUCUUCGAACUCCCAUAGCCGCAGAAAACAGAACCACGGCAAACCGCCCUUCCGGAGUCACAGCAGGCCUCGGGAGCAACCUCGGGAGCAUCGAAAAACAUAUUUCCUGGAGCAUCGAGCUCACUCUCCAGAGCUGCAUUACGACCCCCAUGGCGGGUCGCCUCGACCUUACGUGGUGCCCGAUGUCCCACCACGUCCCAUCCCCACUGCUCUUCCUACGUCGGAUCCGGUCGCGGCUGCAUAUCACGCUGGAAGAGUCGAUGCCGAAGCAGAAAGAUUCGGUUCUGCUGACCGAGUCAUGCCGAGACCUGUCGAGCGGGUUAUCGAGCGUGUGAGACCUGUUCCUGUCAUCUCAUACGGACCUACUACUAUGGAACAUCGCUAUUCGGUUCCGAAUAACUAUGCUGAUGAUCGAUACCUCGAUGACCUUCGACGGGAUGACACAACUUCGGCGUCGGUAUCCUCAUGAUGUUGACAGCAACAGGGGCUGGUAAAUUCAAGUAGCUUGAUUUUCAACCCUUUCCUUUCCGUCUCCUAUAGAUUGGGACCGCAAGGAGGAGCUCGGGUCUUCUGGUGCAAUUUCAGUUCCCAAGAAUGUAUUUUCAAUGGCCCUAUUUAUGCGUCAGCGCAGUUCAAUGUAUUUGGAGUGGAAUUACUCUGUAUCUAUCGAAUUAUUUAUAUCCGUCUGUUACCUUGGUUGGUUUGGGCAGGAUUUCGUCGGGAAGGGCAACGAUU